CGGGAAGUUUGGUAGUAAAUGAGAAGGGCAGAGAAAAGAAUGAAGGACUCGGCAAAUUUCUACGUUUUUGACUCAUUAGUUUAGCGUUGAUUAUUGAGUGGCGAGUCAAGUACCGACCCUCGACUCAGCGGAAGAUCAAAAAUCGCUUUCGUUCCCCUCUUCCCUCUUCCCUUUCCAUGGUGACGUUUUGUCAAACCAGAGGGAAAAAAAAAGCUCAAUGGGUUCUUUGACGUUUUGUGGGAUGUGGUGGGAAAUUGGCGGAGGACCCACUUGCAGAGGAGGAGAAACAGAUGAAUUUUGUUGAAAUUAAACACUCUCCAGUCUCCUCCCCCUUCUGGCUUUUGCUGUUCUAUUUCGAAUUGCGUGGAUUUGAAGAAAGUUUUGGCUAUUUUCAGGCAAAAUUUUGGGCCAGGAUAUGCCGAGGAGAAUAUUUUUGUGUCCUCUAUUUCUAUUUUGGUGACUAUGAAUUGGUGGGGUUCUGAAAUUCUAUCUGAUCUUAGAUUUUUCCGAUCCAACAGUCUCUGCUGCUUCCUUUGCCUUUUUCAGGAAAAAGUUUUGCAGCUAAGCAAUCCCAAGUAAUAAAGUUUCGAGCAUGGGUUGGUUGACCAAGCUUUUCAAAGGUCCUAAAAGCUCAUACAGGGAAAAAUAUGGAAACGAUAGAAUUUGGGAUGAACCUCAAACCUCUGUGGAUGAUUUGACGGAAUAUGAACAAGAGGAAAUCGAUUAUGCAAUUGCACUAUCUCUUUCGGAAUUAGAUCAUGAGGGGAAAGCAGCAAUAGAUGAAGAAGUUCACAGUGAAGAAGAUGAACAGAGUACCAAAGCCGAAUCAGAGGAUGACGAUCAGAUUACUAAGUCUCAAAUGGAGGAAGAUGCGCGACUUGCCAAAGCUCAAAUGGAGGAAGAUGAGCGACUUGCCAAAGCUCAAAUGGAGGAAGAUGAGCGACUUGUCAAAGCUCAAAUGGAGGAAGAUGAGCGUGCUGCCAAAGCUCAAAUGGAGGAAGAUGAGCGAGUUGCUAGCACUCUAGUGGAGGAUGAUGAAAAGGUUACUAAAUUUCAAGCUGAAGAAGACGAACAGCUUGCCAGAGCGCUCCAAGAAAGUUUAAACAUAGAGCCACCACCUCCUAGAUACGAUACUGGAAAUAUUUUCAAUCCUUUUCCUUUAUUUUAUCCAUCAGGAUACAGGAUCUGUGCCGGGUGCAAUAUUGAGAUCGGUCACGGUCGGUUUUUAAGUUGCAUGGGAGCUGUUUGGCAUCCAGAAUGUUUCCGGUGCCAUUCUUGCAAUGAACCCAUAACAGAUUAUGAGUUUUCUAUGUCUGGGAACCGACCUUAUCACAAAUCGUGCUAUAAGGAGCAGCAUCACCCAAGAUGUGAUGUUUGUCGGAACUUUAUUCCUACUAAUUCUUCUGGUCUUAUUGAGUAUAGAAAGCAUCCUUUCUGGUCACAACAAUAUUGUCCUUCACACGAACGAGAUGGAACUCCAAGAUGUUGUAGCUGUGAAAGAAUGGAGCCAAGAGACACUAGUUACCUGUUACUUGACGAUGGGCGGAAACUCUGUUUAGAGUGUUUGGACUCGGCGAUUAUGGAGACUCUCGAAUGUCAACCUCUAUACCUCGAAAUUCAAGAAUUUUAUGAGGGUCUAAAUAUGAAAGUGGAACAGCAAGUUCCCAUGCUGUUGGUUGAGAGGCAAGCGCUAAAUGAGGCCAUGGAGGGAGAGAAAAACGGUCAUCAUCACUUGCCUGAAACUAGAGGACUUUGUUUAUCCGAAGAGCAGACCGUCGCUACUAUCUCAAAGAGGCCGAAGAUUGGGGCGGGCUACCGUAUAAUAGACAUGUUUACAGAGCCUUAUAGAUUAGUUCGACGAUGUGAAGUCACUGCUAUUCUAGUUUUGUAUGGCCUUCCUCGGUUAUUGACAGGAUCAAUCUUGGCCCAUGAGAUGAUGCACGCAUGGCUCAGGCUUAAAGGAUAUCCCAAUUUGAAGCCCGAGGUUGAAGAAGGCAUAUGCCAAGUAUUGGCUCACAUGUGGUUGGAUUCUGAGAUGUAUUCCAUCUCUGGAAGCAGUGCUGCCUCCUCGUCCUCGUCCUCGUCCUCGUCCUCAUCCUCAUCGUCAUCACCUUCAUCAUCCUCGUCCUCAUCAACAUCGUCAAAGAAGGGUAAACGAUCCGACUUUGAGAAGAAACUUGGGGACUUUUUCAAACACCAGAUCGAGUCAGAUACAUCAUCGGCUUAUGGAGAUGGAUUUCGGGAAGGGAACGAGGCCGUGUCCAAGUAUGGCCUAAAGAGAACCCUCGAUCACAUUCGGUUGACCGGAACCUUCCCAUAGAGUAACAUUCAUUUAAGCUCAACCUUUACCUCUGAUAUAUAACUUAGUUCAUACAAAAAACACAUUAUAGUACAGUAAUGAGAAAAAUUCAAAAUAAGCAUUGAAAAAUUCUCUGCAAUUAGUGUGAAGCUCUAUUAAAUAAUUAUGUUUAGCAUAAAAUGUAUUUUUCUUACCUGUAUGUAUGGAAUUUUCAAACAGGAGUCAGGAUGAAUACAAAAGUUUUGCUCUUAUUGGCUGUGAAACUCAUUUUUAUUUGAA